ACAGGGAUGGAAGAGAAAACUUAGGAAGUUCAAGUUUGGCAUUAAACUAAAGGACUCGCCGCCACUCUGCACCUUCUUUAGGGAGUUCAUUCGUCCCGAGCGCCUCACAGCUUAGUGCGCCUGCGCGUGCGCGGACUGCGGCCCCGCCUCCCCUUUGGGGACGUGGACGUGCGUCGGGUCGCGGGACGCGGGCUGCGCAUGCGCUUUCAUUACGUCAGCCCGCUGCCUCGGGCUGCCAGCGGGAACCCCGGAGUGGACGAUUUUCGCUGCUGUGUUUCCCGUGCCUGUUAGGCGCAGCGAGCCCGCAGACUGAGCGAGGAAAGGAUAGAGGAAGUGCUCCCCUAGGCUGCAAGAGUCGAAGCAAGAGUAUUUCCUUCCCACCAGGCAAGUGCCCAUAGAAACCGGGCCCCGCCCCCUUCCCGGCCUGCGUUCCCAUCCCCUCUCCGGGGCGGAGGUGAGGACCUCCUUGGUUCCUGUAGUUCUGUCAGUGAGCCCCUUCCUUGGUCAUGAAGCUCGUGAGGAAGAACAUCGAGAAGGAUAAUGCAGGCCAGGUGACCCUGGUCCCCGAGGAGCCUGAGGACAUGUGGCACACUUACAACCUCGUGCAAGUGGGCGACAGCCUGCGCGCCUCCACCAUCCGCAAGGUACAGACCGAGUCCUCCACGGGCAGCGUGGGCAGCAAUCGGGUCCGCACUACCCUCACUCUCUGCGUGGAGGCCAUCGACUUCGACUCUCAAGCCUGCCAGCUGCGGGUUAAGGGGACCAACAUCCAAGAGAAUGAGUAUGUCAAGAUGGGGGCUUACCACACUAUCGAGCUGGAGCCCAACCGCCAGUUCACCCUAGCCAAGAAACAGUGGGAUAGUGUGGUUCUGGAGCGCAUCGAGCAGGCCUGUGACCCAGCCUGGAGCGCUGAUGUGGCAGCUGUGGUCAUGCAGGAAGGCCUCGCCCAUAUCUGCUUAGUCACUCCCAGCAUGACCCUCACUCGGGCCAAGGUGGAGGUGAACAUCCCUAGGAAAAGGAAAGGCAAUUGCUCUCAGCAUGACCGGGCCUUGGAGCGGUUCUAUGAACAGGUGGUCCAGGCUAUCCAGCGCCACAUACACUUUGAUGUUGUAAAGUGCAUCCUGGUGGCCAGCCCAGGAUUUGUGAGGGAGCAGUUCUGCGACUACAUGUUUCAACAAGCAGUGAAGACCGACAACAAACUGCUCCUGGAAAACCGAUCCAAAUUUCUUCAGGUACAUGCCUCCUCCGGACACAAGUAUUCCCUGAAAGAGGCCCUUUGUGACCCUACUGUAGCUAGCCGCCUUUCAGACACUAAAGCUGCUGGGGAAGUCAAAGCCUUGGAUGACUUCUAUAAAAUGUUACAACAUGAACCGGAUCGAGCUUUCUAUGGACUCAAGCAGGUGGAGAAGGCCAAUGAAGCCAUGGCAAUUGACACAUUGCUCAUCAGCGAUGAGCUCUUCAGGCAUCAGGAUGUAGCCACACGGAGCCGGUAUGUGAGGCUGGUGGACAGUGUGAAAGAGAAUGCAGGCACCGUUAGGAUAUUCUCUAGUCUUCACGUUUCUGGGGAACAGCUCAGCCAGUUGACUGGGGUAGCUGCCAUUCUCCGCUUCCCUGUUCCCGAACUCUCUGACCAAGAGGAUGAUUCCAGUUCUGAAGAGGAUUAAUGAUUGAAACUUAAAACUGAGACAAUCUUGUGUCUCCUAAACUGUUACAGUACAUUUCUCAGCUUCCUUGUGACAGAAAGCUGCAAGAAUGGCACUUUUUUAUUCAUACAGGGAUUUCUUAUGUAUUUGGCUACACUAGAUAUUUUGUGAUUGCCAGGACAUGUAUUUAAACAAUAAACUAAAAGGAAAUAAUCUCCACGUACUACCAUCUUUAUUAAAUUGGGUAAUUUUUAUAGGAAUUAUGAGUUAUCUGUAGUACUUGGAAACAGAAAAUGUGUGUAUUUAAUAACCAUGCCUAUAUAGUAUGUUGUUUGGGGUAAAUUGUAAAAUUUCACACUGCAUGCUUUGAAACAGUUUUCCUUAGAAAAAGCUUUUGCUAACUUAUCCUCAGUUUGCAUUAUUUCUUUAAUUCUGCAUGGUGUUCUUGCAUUGCAUUUAAUGAUCCCUUUUCUCCCCACCUCCACACACUACAUAUUUUUUAGAUUUAAAUAGUUUUACUAUUUUAAAUGAUUGCCGUACAAUUAGUAGACUUGAAGACAAGUUUUAAAUAUUUUUCUUCAAAGGCUUGUUGAAACAAUCAUGUUAAAAGGAAAUUCUUGGUUUUGUUUUGUUGUUGUUAGCAUUAGUCAUGUUUGAUUUAGAGGGUAACUUAAUCAGUUAUUUUUAGAUUUUUAGAGCUUUGAUCUGCUAGGGAUUGUGAAAAUAAUCUUGAGGCAUCUUUAUUUUUAAAAUGAGAUUGAAGUAUGUGAUUUGCUUGUUAUGUGGCUAA